AGAGAGAGAGAGAGAGAGAGAGAGAGAGAGAGAGAGAGAGAGAGAGAGAGAGAGAGAGAGAGAGAGAAGUGGUCCAGUAUUGUCAGUUAGUCAUGGUAGUGUAGAACUGUGAGGUAACACAAUGGCAAUGACUGAGCAAAUAGAGACUGGAGCAGGCUGUUCCUCCAAGUCAUUCAAGCUGUACUCUCCAAAGGAGCCCCCCAACGGCAGCUCCUUUCCCCCGUUCCACCCCGGCACCAUGCUGGACAGAGACCUGGGCCCAACCCCCAUGUACCCCCCCUCAUACCUGGAGCCUGGAAUAGGGAGACACACACCAUACGGGAACCAGACAGACUACAGGAUAUUUGAGCUCAACAAACGGCUACAGAACUGGACAGAGGAAUGUGAUAAUCUGUGGUGGGAUGCAUUCACUACAGAGUUCUUUGAGGACGAUGCCAUGUUGACCAUAACCUUCUGUCUGGAGGACGGGCCCAAGAGAUACACGAUUGGCCGGACGUUGAUCCCGCGGUACUUCCGGAGUAUAUUCGAGGGGGGCGCCACCGACCUCUACUACGUGUUGAAGCACCCCAAAGAGUCCUUCCACAACAACUUCGUCUCGCUGGACUGUGACCAGUGCACCAUGGUUACACAGAACGGAAAACCCAUGUUCACACAGGUGUGUGUGGAGGGUCGUCUGUACCUGGAGUUCAUGUUUGACGACAUGAUGAGGAUCAAGACGUGGCACUUCAGCAUCCGACAGCACCGUGAACUGAUACCACGCAGUAUACUGGCCAUGCAUGCCCAGGACCCCCAGAUGUUAGACCAGCUGUCUAAGAACAUCACCAGAUGUGGACUGUCAAACUCCACCCUCAACUACCUCCGACUGUGUGUGAUUCUGGAGCCCAUGCAGGAGCUGAUGUCCAGACACAAGACCUACAGCCUCAGCCCCAGGGACUGUCUCAAGACCUGCCUCUUCCAGAAGUGGCAACGCAUGGUUGCCCCGCCAGCUGAACCAGCCAGACAGGCCCCUAAUAAGAGGAGGAAGCGUAAGAUGUCAGGUGGCAGCACCAUGAGUGCCGGAGGAGGAACCACCAACAACAACAACAAGAAGAAGAGUCCAGCGAGCAGCUUCCCCCUGUCCAGCCAAGUACCAGACGUUAUGGUGGUGGGAGAGCCCACCCUGAUGGGAGGGGAGUUCGGGGACGAGGACGAGCGCUUGAUCACGCGGCUGGAGAACCAACAGUUUGACGCGGCCAACGGCAUCGAUGACGAGGACAGCUUCAACAACAGCCCCGCGCUGGGCGCCAACUCUCCCUGGAACAACAAGGCCCCAUCCAGCCAGGAGAGCAAGAGUGACAACCCGACGUCUCAGGCCUCACAGUAGAGGAGGGGAGGGAGGGGAGGGGCUUCCAUAGUCUUAAAGGGGUUUCCUCUCCUUGUGGGUGUGUGUCAAUUGUCUGUAGUGGCUUCCUGACUGUUCUUAUCAUUUCCUCUUAAAGGGGCGAUCCGCAGUUGAAAAAAUAACUUAGUGUCACCUCUACCUCCUGUUUUAGUAAAAAGCUGAGGGACGGGCCUGGAGAAGUGUAACCACUCUAAAAAUCAUAGACCGCUAUGGGUACAAGGACUGACCAUCCAAGAUAUAACAAACAUAUAUAUAUAUAUAUAUAUAGUUUUAAGCAUGUUUUGAGGCUAUACAGAUGGUUACAGAGUAAACCACGUUGAUACUGUGGGUUGUGACGGGGUGCGUCAGUUGAAUUAAGCCCCUGAGACAUUUAAAGGUUAUAUAUUCCUCAAGAAUCAACAGGUACAUAUCAUUCAUCUAGACGUCCAGACAAUGGCUGUAGGGACGACGGAUCGCCCCUUUUCUAAUAGGGAUUUUAUCUUGGUCUGUGGAGUAGACGGAGGAUCCCAUUGGUUGAUAAGAGGUUUCCUUUCCCUGUCUACCUUCCUACAUCAGUUCUGAUAUGAGAGCUUGGUAGGUGACAGGAAAUGACUGAGAGCUAUUACCUAUAGGGGCCUCCUCCAGACCUGGCUCUCCUAGCUGGUCGCUUAAGGAGAGACCUGAGGAGAGGGAAGACGCUUGGGACAGUUGAGAUGCACCCAGCUAGGGGUGCAGGAAGGGGUGGUGGGGUAGGGGGACACGAGGACGACUCACACAUCUACCUUCAGAAGAAUCAUGGUCACUAGAUAUGGAGUCUUAACUCUGGUCCACUCUGCUGCUGCACUGUGUGUGUGUGUGUGUGUGUGUGUGUGUGUGUGUGUGUGUGUGUGUGUGUGUGUGUGUGUGUGUGUGUGUGUGUGUGUGUGUGUGUGUGUGUGUGUGUGUGUGUGUGUGUGUGUGUGUGUGUGUGUGUGUGUGUGUGUGUGUGUGUGUGUGUGUGUGUGUGUUACUUGUUCAGAACUAAAGCCUGGACUGUGCCAAAGCUAGCGGACCGGAGUUGAGAUCCAAUCAGUUUAAAAUGCUUUCUCACACAGACACACACACACCAUUGAAGGAGUACUGAUCCAACCUUUUAACAGAUAACAGAAAGCAUUUAAACAACAACAACAUUGUAGAGUUUUAUACCCGUCUCUAUUUCCCUAGAAUGUUUUGAUUUUAUUUUCUACUCCUUCAUUUCAAAUCUACUUUUUAUUAGUUAUUUUUUACUGCUGAUAUUCAGAAGCUAACAGACCAAGGAGCCAGAAAACAGGACUGCUGUUAUUCUACCCUCCCCCCUGACUAAAUAUAUUUGGUCUGUUUUAAUAUCUUUUAAAGAGAAAUAAUUGUGGAUGUUUUUCUGUUUUUUGAGAUAGAUUUUCUCCUGUUUUUUAGUGUAUUUGUGCUUUGUAUAUUUAAGGUUGUAGCAACGCUCUGUACGACUGUAUUCUGACUGGUUCCUGAAGCCAUUCUGAUCUAAUGGAAAGAAAUGAAACGAAAAAGAAAUGGACAAAAAGAAGGAAAAAACACAUGAACCUCUUAACCAAUCCUGUCUCUCCAUUUACAUCUCUCAACCAAUCCCGUCUCUCCAUUUACAUCUCUUAACCAAUCCCCUCUCUCCAUCUCUCUCUCUCUUUACAGUGUCCAUCCUGAUCAUAACAGUGACACCUCUCUCUCUCUCUCUCUCUCUCUCUCUCUCUCUCUCUCUCUCUCUCUCUCUCUCUCUCUCUCUCUCUCUCUCUCUCUCUCUCUCUCUCUCUCUCUCUCUUUUCUUCUUUCUUUUAAAUCUUUUUAACUUGUGUACAUUCAUUUAUAAAACCCUGGGGUACAGUCACCAUUGAGAAGACAAAACCCUGGGGUACAGUCACCAUUCAGAAGACAAAACCCUGGGGUACAGUCACCAUUGAGAAGACAAAACCCUGGGGUACAGUCACCAUUGAGAAGACAAAACCCUGGGGUACAGUCACCAUUGAGAAGACAAAACCCUGGGGUACAGUCACCAUUGAGAAGACAAAACCCUGGGGUACAGUCACCAUUGAGAAGACAAAACCCUGGGGUACAGUCACCAUUGAGAAGACAAAACCCUGGGGUACAGUCACCAUUCAGAAGACAAAACCCUGGGGUACAGUCACCAUUGAGAAGACAAAACCCUGGGGUACAGUCACCAUUGAGAAGACAAAACCCUGGGGUACAGUCACCAUUGAGAAGACAAAACCCUGGGGUACAGUCACCAUUCAGAAGACAAAACUCUGGGGUAACAGUCACCAUUCAGAAGACAAAAACCCUGGGGUACAGUCACCAUUCAGAAGACAAAACCCUGGGGUACAGUCACCAUUGAGAAGACAAAACCCUGGGGUACAGUCACCAUUCAGAAGACAAAACCCUGGGGUACAGUCACCAUUCAGAAGACAAAACCCUGGGGUACAGUCACCAUUGAGAAGACAAAACCCUGGGGUACAGUCACCAUUCAGAAGACAAAACCCUGGGGUACAGUCACCAUUCAGAAGACAAAACCCUGGGGUACAGUCACCAUUGAGAAGACAAAACCCUGGGGUACAGUCACCAUUCAGAAGACAAAACCCUGGGGUACAGUCACCAUUCAGAAGACAAAACCCUGGGGUACAGUCACCAUUCAGAAGACAAAACCCUGGGGUACAGUCACCAUUCAGAAGACAAAACCCUGGGGUACAGUCACCAUUGAGAAGACAAAACCCUGGGGUACAGUCACCAUUCAGAAGACAAAACCCUGGGGUACAGUCACCAUUCAGAAGACAAAACCCUGGGGUACAGUCACCAUUCAGAAGACAAAACCCUGGGGUACAGUCACCAUUCAGAAGACAAAACCCUGGGGUACAGUCACCAUUGAGAAGACAAAACCCUGGGGUACAGUCACCAUUCAGAAGACAUGUUUGCAUCUUCCAGUUCAGCAGGUUUAUUUUUUUUCAUUUCAUUUUUCUAUUUAUUUUUAAUGAAAUAUCAGAUAUACGUUCUGUUUCUCCACCCCCCCCCCCCCGGUUACACACUCAUCCUAAAUGUACACUACUAUUAGCAAAUAAGCUAAUGAUCUACUGCUGUUUAAAACGUCUGAACAGACAACCUGCCAUCAUUCAUCCACCCAUGUGUCCCAAAUGGUACCCUAAUCCCUAUCAAGUUAUGGUCGAAGGUAGUGCACUACAUACAGAGUGUCAUUCGGGACGCAACCCCAACUAGUUAUUAAUGUUUACCUGAAGUCGUAAAGGUUGUAUAUAUUUCCAAUACCUGUGUUGUAUAGGCUCGAUCUGUAAUAUUGAGUCUGUUGCGCAUGUGUUUGGUAAUACCUUCAAUUCUCACAAGGGGGCGCUGUUAGAGUAUCACAAAUAAGAUCAUUUCCUAACUUUAUACAUCCAGUUCAACCAUGAGCAGUGAUAUGAUCUGCCCCCCCCCGGAGCACCCGAUGUAGUGCAGUACCUUUGUUCAGGGCCAAUGUGAGAGCAGGGGGCCAUUUGGGACACGACCCCAUGUUAUUUAGUUCUGUAAAUGUUGUUCCAGCUCUGUCGACUACAUUGUGUACGUUUUCAGUACAGCUCUGGCUGUAACAGAGAAUAUGUCUCAAAUGGCGCCCUAUUCCCUACAUAGAGCACUACUAUAUAUAGUAGUGCACUAUAUAAGGGAACAGGGGGCUAUUUUGGAUGCAAGCCUAGAGAAAGGUGACUGGUACCCUAAACCAACCCUGUAGAAAAAGCCUUGUUUGAUAUUUUGGUUAGUUUUUUUGCCCUUGAUACUUAUUGAUGAAUUAAUUAAUGUAUGGUACCAAUAAUAAAAAUAUACAUUUUCACUUUAAAAUGAA